UCGGAAUAGGGGGGUUAUCUUGGGUUCUUGCGCAUAUCCUACGUAGGUGGUUUCCCUUGAUGUGUCUGGCACGGUCGACAUAAGUGACCCUAUAUCUAGCCCACCACCCACAUAGAUCCACUGCACCUCCAUUUCCAUCACAAUCCCUGGCCAUUACUCCGGGAGAAGCACUCACAUUGUUAGUCAGUUUCCAUUGGACAUCUCACUGCUGCAAUCCACUCCCUUGGCUCCCAAUGAAGACUUACUUUGGAGUGACCUCAGGCCAAGUGCAAGAAGCCAGUAAGGAGAAGAUGUGUAGCACAGAGUCUCUGAACAGGAGAGGUAGUCUUGACUCCACCAAGGGGGAAGACAGAGACGGUCUCAUAUUGAACUUCACCCUCUAUAAUGUGAAGAAGACUGAGCUCUCUAAGGCAGCUAGAGUUUUUGAGAUGUUUGAAACUGAGAUCCAUCACUUUGAAACCAGGAAAGUCAAAAAGCUCAAGAACUCUGCUGAUGAUAUUGACAUUUUUGUUGAAUGUCAAGUUCAUAGUGCUGAUAUUAGUUGUCUUAUCAACUCCUUAAAGAGAGUAACAGAGGAUGUGAAAACUAGCAAAGAAGAUAAAGUGCCCUGGUUCCCCAGAAAAAUUCAAGACCUAGACAAAUGUCACCAUCUGAUCACCACGUACGAACCCAGUUUUGACCAUUCUCACCCUGGAUAUUCUGACCUGGAGUACAGGAAAAGGAGGGCGUACUUUGCUGACCUUGCCCAUAAUUACAGAGUUGGGGACCCUUUGCCUCACAUCGAGUACACAGUGCAGGAGAUUGCAACUUGGAGAGAAGUCUACAGGCAGCUGAGAAGCCUCUACCCUACUCAUGCCUGUACACAGUAUCUGGAUGCUUUCCAGCAGCUGGAGAAAUACUGUGGAUACCAAGAGGACAACAUACCUCAACUUCAGGACGUGUCCAGAUUUCUAAAAGAAACAACAGGUUUCCAGCUGAGACCAGCAGCAGGACUGUUGUCUGCUCGUGACUUCCUUGCCAGCCUGGCAUUUCGUGUCUUCCAGUGCACACAGUAUAUAAGGCAUUUCUCUUCACCUAGACAUUCCCCAGAGCCAGAUUGCUGCCAUGAACUGCUGGGUCAUGUUCCCAUGCUAGCCAACAAGGAGUUUGCCCAGUUCUCACAGGAUAUUGGACUGGCUUCCCUUGGAUCAUCUGAAGUAGAGAUUGAGAAACUGUCCACACUUUAUUGGUUUACUGUGGAGUUCGGUCUCUGCAAGCAAAACGGAUCCAUCAAAGCUUAUGGGGCAGGAUUGCUUUCAUCUUAUGGGGAGCUUACGUAUGCUUUAUCAAAUGAGCCAGAGUACAAGCCCUUUGAUCCAGAAGUGACUGCAGUUCACCCCUAUCAGGAUCAAGCCUUCCAGCCUGUCUAUUUCAUAGCAGAAAAUUUUGAAGAUGCCAAGACCAAACUCCAAAACUAUGCAAUGAAGAUCAAGAAGCCUUUUUCUCUGUGCUACGACCCAUUCACCAGCAGCAUAGAGGUUCUGGAUACACCACAGAAGGUCAAGAGGGAAGUCAGUCGGCUGAAAGAGGACCUGAAAAACCUGUGCAUGUCCCUUGAAAAUCUCUCCUAAAACUGCAGCAGUUCUUCUCACCUGGCACUGAUAUAUAUAUAGGCAGUUCCAGCACUUGAAAAUUUAGUGAAGUUAUAGCUGCAUACUAAAAUCUUCAUCCCACAAACAGCUCUGUCAAGCAAAUCUUUUCACUGUAAUUUAAGUUGCUGACUUAGCCACAUUAAUGAGUUCCUAUUGAAUAUGCUUCAAUGGCAAACAACACCAAAUUACUCCAAUUUCUGGUAGGUGAUAUGAGCUGCAGCUUUUUAUUAUGUAUUUAUCUCUUUUUUAAAUGUAAGCUUUCUAUUCAUCUCUUGAAGUUAUCUGUCACCUUUUGAAGUUAUCUAUCACAGAGUAGCACAGUAACUCUUCAGUCACAAAAUCUCUUCUUGCUUAAAUGACAUGAUCGCAAUCUUUUGGGCUGGCUGGCUGCCUGCAGCCCUUGCAGCUAGCUCAUUUCUGCUAGCAAUUAUGAUCAGCUAUUGUACUCAUAAACUAUGAAUGGUUCUCUUACAAUGUACAAAUACAAGGGUUUAUAAGACA